CAUAUAUAGAUGAAAGAGUGAACAAGAUUUCAUUACUUUACUCAAAGGCUCAUCUUUGUGUAAGCUAUUUGUUUGAUCUCAGAUGGAGUACAACAGUUUAUUUAGUUUCAAAGUGCUCGUAGUGGCUGUCAUCAUUUCAAUCAUUGUACUCACAAGCUUGACCAUGGUACCUAACUUGUACUCACACCAUGUGCCUUACUCACAUGCCAUUUAUGAAGUCAAAGAAGAUAUUCACAGUCAAAGUCUGUGUACUGAUAGCAGUGAUGAUGAUGACAACUGCCUGAAGCGUCGCUUGCCAAAAUGCCUGAUAAUAGGCUUUGCAAAGUGUGGGACUUAUGCACUCAUAUCUUUCCUAGCUCUACAUCCAGACAUUGCCACAGCCAACGAUGAAGUGGGAUUUUUCAACAAUAAAUUCAACAAAGGUUUUGAGUGGUACAUUGCACAGAUGCCACUUUCUAAAGGUUCUCAAAUUACAAUAGAAAAGACACCAGGGUAUGUGUUAUCUAUGACAGCCUUAGAACGAAUCCAUGACUUUAACAGCACCAUAAAGUUGAUGAUCAUCGUUAGAGAUCCUGUCAACAGAGUGCCCUCACUAUAUGCUCACUACAAAGAAAAAAAUGACUUGCCAACUUUCACAAAGUGGAUCAAAAGUGAAGAGUAUGUAAACAAAAUGAAUUAUCAUCAGCAUAUAGCACAAGUUUACAAAGUCUUUCCCAGAGAACAAGUUCUAGUGUUGUGUGAGGAAAGCUUAGAAGAUGACCCCCUGUCAGUUAUGAAAGAGGUUGAAUCAUUUUUGGGGCUGCAGCCGGCAUUCAACAAGGAUCUUUUUGUUUUCAACCUGGACAAAGGAUUCUACUGCUUCAACAAGUCUCACCCUCGCUAUCAUGCCAUAUCUCAGGUACUUAAAAUCAUUCCAGAAACUGGAUGCUUCUCUAAAGCCAAAGGUCGAGAACACCCGGAGAUCAGUCCAGAGCUUAUGAAAGAGGUGGUGGCUAAUGCUCAGCCCUACAAUGAAAGGCUUUUUCAACUCAUUGGUAAACGUUUCAAUUGGACUCAGCCAUUAAUGAACAAUACUCAAUAAUAUAAAGAAUGUGGAUAAUUUAAAUAGAUAUGCAUGUGCCAAUAAUAAUACUGACAGUUUUGCAAUGUAUUCAAAAUCAAACAAGAUUUUCAAAGAUACUUGCUCUUCAAAACUUUCAGUUAAAACAGUUGUAGAAUAUUGGUGAAAAUUGUUUAAUUUAUACUUUCAAUGCUUUUUUUUUUAAUAAAGAAAGGAUUGAUGACCAUGAAUAUAUAAUAUAUUUAUAUAUUAUAAAUGAA